GACAAAUGAGGUUCAUUCCACUUUUAGCAUAGAUCGCUGACAGUUGCAUAUGCCCGGUGCUUUUUUAAACAAAAUAUAAGUCACUAGUAUUGUACUGAAAAUAAUGGACACUAAAGGGAAAUAUACAGAGACACCAAUGUCCUUGGAGCAGUUUCACAUCUCUGAGGAUUAUGGGUUUAUUCUUCCUGAACCUCUGAAUGACCUUCCGUUAUACUACAAGCCCUGGAUGGACAUUGCCAGAAAUAUGCCAGAUCUCAUCUCUUCCCAUUCUUUGCGCCUCCGUAUUCAUAAUAUGCCUCUGUUGGAGACUCAUUUGUUGCGGACACAUUGUGAGCUGCGUUUGGCCCAUCUGGCUUUGAGCAUGAUGACUAUGGGUUAUGUAUGGCAGGAGGGAGAGAGAGAAACAGUAAAAGUGCUUCCGCGGAGUCUGUCGGUGCCGCUCUGUGAGGUGUCUCAGAGACUGGGUCUGCCCCCGAUUCUCAUCCACGCUGACACAGUCCUCGCCAACUGGAGGAAAAGAGAUCCAGAUGGACCAUUUUCCAUGGAGAACUUGGAGUUGUUGCUGACAUUGCCUGGUGGGGAAAGUGUGAGAGGAUUUUUUCUGGUGACACUGCUGGUGGAGUUGGCAGGUGUUCCUGGCCUGAAGUCUAUCCUUGAUGUCAUCAAUGGCAUCCAUUAUAAUGAUGUUGCUAUGGUCACCAAAGCUCUGGAUGUUGUCAGUCAGGCCAUAGACAGCAUGAAACAGGCCUUUAAACUAAUGCAUGAAUAUGUAGAUCCCUCCAUAUUCUAUGGCAUUAUUAGGAUCUAUCUGUCCGGAUGGAAAGAUAAUCCAUCAAUGCCAGACGGUCUCGUGUACGAGGGAGUUCAGGAGAAGCCAAUGGAGUUUUCAGGUGGCAGUGCUGCUCAGAGUAGUAUCUUACACUGCUUUGAUGAGCUGCUGGGAGUCCAACAUGAAGGCAGCAGCGGAGCCUUCCUGAGAAGAAUGAGGGACUACAUGCCGCCCUCUCAUAAGCAUUUCAUUGAAAACAUCUCUAGUCAACCAUCUCUGCGCAGCUUUGUGCUUCAGCAAGCGGAUGAAGGUCUAACACGCGCAUUUGAUCUGUGUGUGGCUCGCUUGGUAGACUUUAGGAAUUUCCACAUCAACACUGUCACUCGUUUCAUCACUAUCCCGGCCUCCCGUGCCAAACAGCUCCGUGCCAACAAGCAGGGUAUGACCGAAGAUCUGGAUGCGAUCAGAAGAGCACCAACAGCACUGGAGGAAAGAGGUACUGGAGGGUCAGGGAUCAUCACCUUUCUGAAGACAGUGCGUGAUGAAACCAAAGAAAUUUCCAUCUCGCAGUGCACUAAUGGGAACCAAGUUUUGCCAGACCGAUCAAUGACAGAAAUACAGAAGGCUGCAUCUGAGCUCACAACAGAAUGAUAAUAGCACCAAAGUAUUAUCACCAAAGUAAAUCAUGCAAUAUGCUAAAAGGGGUUUUAUAGGUCCUAACAUAUGUAAUUUAGGGUGAGAUUACAAUUAUAGACAGCAGUAAUUCCCAUUUACUGUAUAAUACAAACAAACACUGACUCCCUCUUUACUUACUUUAGUAAGGGCUUAAUUCAAACUCUCUUUAACAAUGUGACUCCUGAAUAAUGAGGAUAUAUUUGUGUUUCCUCACAUUUUUAAAGACAAAAUUUAAGGGCAUAAUUUGGGUUUAAAAGUAAGCACUAAAUCAUUAAAAAAAAAAUCCAGAUUUGAUACAUGAAGAAUUUAAAGGGAUAGUUCACUCAAAAUAAUGACAAUUCUGUCAUUAAUUACUCACCCUCCUGUUGUUUCAAACCCAUGAGACCUUUGUUCAUUUUCAGAACACAAAAGAAUAUAUAUUUGAUGAAGUCCGAGAGCUUUCUAACCCUGCAGGCAGCAAGGGCACUACCUUGUUCAAAGUCCAGAAAGGUAGUAGCAACAUUAUUAAAAAGUUCCAUGUGACAUUAAUGGUUCAACCUUAAUUUUAUGAAGCUACAAGAAUACCUUUUGCACUCAAAGAUGAUAAUGCAUGGGUGCCGUGCUGUUGACACAGGAGUUGGCAUUCUGUCAUAGAACCUGGAUGUGCUGUGCCUUGUUUACAAGCAGAGAAAUGGACAAUCAUGCAUCAUAGUGCUGUCAUAAAAGCAUGUUGAAAACUGACAAGGAAGAGAAAAAAUUGUUGAAUAAAGUCAUUAUUUUUGUUUUCUUUGCAGAAAGAAAAUACGCAGAAAGUAUUCUUGUAGUUUCAUAAAAUUACAGUUGAACUGAUAUCACAUGGACUAUUUUAACUAGGUCCUUAUUACCUUUCUGAGCCUUGAACGUGGUAGUUGAAUUGUUGCAGGGUCAGAAAGCUCUCAGAUUUCAUAAAAAAAAUAUCUUAAUUUGUGUACUGAAGAUGAACGAAGGUCGUAUGGGUUUGGAACGAUAUGAGAGUGAGUAAUUAAUGAGAGGUUUUUCAUUUUUGGAUGAACUAUCCCUUUAAGCACAAAAUAUGACACUAUAUAACAAAAUAUAACUAUGUUGGAUGUUUCAUUGCUAAGCCCUAACAAACAAGACUUGGUAAGACACAAACUCCUCAGAUCUUAAUGUCAGUGUGUAUAUUUAUAACAUGACAAACAAUCCUGAUUUAAAGGGUUAAUAUAGAUCACAUCUAAAUUUAAGACAUUUGAAACAACAUGACAAUUGAAUUGCAACAUGAAUAUACAACAUGAAUUGUUUGAUUUUACUUCCAAAGGUGUAUUUUUCUUUUACUUUUUAAAAACCUAUGCAUAAUAUGUGCUAUAAAUAAAUAGUGAUAAAUAAAUAGUUUAAUUAAAAAAAAUAAAACAGCUGUUGAGUUGGAAUUGAAAUGGAGUGGAGGUUUGGACAAUAUUUUAGACAAUAUUGUGUCUAGAACAAAUCACUUAAUAUUAACUAUAACUGAACUGUUGUAUACAUUUCAUAUCACAUUUGCAAUUGUGUAACAUCAAAAUUAUUGCUUAUGCUAUUACAUUAUUACAGUGCUAUUAACAUUGUACCUUAUUUGUCUCUAAAAUGUGCAUAUUAGUACCUUAAAGGGGGGGUGAAAUGCUCGUUUUCACUCAAUAUCCUGUUAAUCUUGAGUACCUAUAGAGUAGUAUUGCAUCCUUCAUAACUCCAAAAAGUCUUUAGUUUUAUUAUAUUCAUAAGAGAAAGAUAGUCUGUACCGAUUUUUCCCGGAAAAACACGACCGGCUGGAGGCGUGACGUGUGGGCGGAGCUAAAGAAUCACGAGCGCGAAUAGGCUUUUGCGUUGAGAGCAUGUGGAAGCUGUGACAUUACGUGAGGGAAAACCCAUCAUUCAAAACAAACCAUUGCUUACAGUCAGAUUCAGGCGUUUAUUUAUGAUCCAGAAUCAGAUCCAGAGGCUGAAACUGAACGAGAGCAGCAGCAGCAACGACUCGCUCCAAGCGGGGCUCGAACCCGGGUCUCAGGCAUGGAGGGCAGAGAUAUCUGCCUAACAAGGAGGCAGAAAUAUUUUAAGCAGUUUUACUCACCGCCUGCGGUUCCAACACACGAUCGUGGCCCUUUUUCGUUGGGAUUGCAUCAUCCUUAAGAAAUAAACGAUGUGCAAAUCCGGCGUCAAACUGGGCCUUGUUUGUAAAACAAGCAUCUUCGAAAUGCAGGGAACAAACAAAAACACUUGCACAACUCCGUUGAUGCUCUGUAAAAAUAAACUCCAUCCACUGGUCCCUUAAUGCUGUUUCUCUUUUGGUAAUCUGUGCAGGGUUGUCUUGCCCUGGCAACCAAAAACACACUUCUUUUGUGACAUUUCGCGAUGCUCUCGCUCUGAUCAGUGAAGUCUGUUGUGCUCUCAGUGCUCUGCUAUACGGGAGCGCGCGCUUUUCCGGGAGAAGUGCCCUUAGGACCCAUAUAAGGAAAUUCCGCUCCAUCUAACGUCACACAGAGCCAUACUCGAAAAAAAACUUUCCGAAACUUGUGACAAACCGGAAGAGGUAUUUUUGGAACAGAAAUACUCCUUCAAACGUACAACUUAAUUUUUGAAACUUUGUCCAUGUUUAGCAUGGGAAUCCAACUCUUUAACAGUGUAAAAAACUCAGUAUGCAUGAAAUAGCAUUUCACCCCCCCUUUAAGCCUUGUUUCCACUGAGCAGUAUGGUACAGUACAGGACAAUAUGUGACCAUGGACCACAAAACCAGUCUUAAGUGUAAAUUUUUCAAAAUGUAAAAUUAGAUAUAAUUGAUUUUUGACUAAACGAAAAUCAAUGAUUUUGACCCAUACAAUGAUUUUUUGGCUAUUGCUAAAAAUAUAACCCAGCGACUUAAGACUGGUUUUGUGGUCCAGGGUCACAUAUGGUUUGGGAUGGUACACCAUGAUAAGGCUUGUAUUUCCACCACCAAUAGUACCCUUACUUGAUAGGCGUAGUGUGUGGUGGAAAGUAGCGAACAACAUCAUUCAAGCAUUAAGAAUAUGCAUGAGCAGCAUGGCAGAACAAGUAAAAGAGACACUUCAUUCCCCUUGUAGCAUGUGCAAGUAUAGAUUCUCUGUCAACCAAUCAACAUUCUACGGUGAGUCUAGCUCCACUAUUUAGAUACCAGACUACUGUGCUGUGUACCCCAACGGAAGGGCCCCAAAAAUGUGGUACGUUACAGUUUGCUACUUUAAAAACAUUCACAACUUCUGACAAUGGAAUAGGUAAUAUUUGCUAACCGUACUGUACUGAACCAUACUGUGGUGUGCUUCCCGUACAAUGAUGUAACUCACUGAUUAACCACCAUAGUACAAUGUGUUGUUGUGGAAACUAACUAGCCAUUUAUGACUGUUUCCCAAACACGGUCACAUAUCCGUCAUUUGAACCACAUUAGAUCAACAAUUUAGGGCCUUUGUAAAUGACAUCACACACAUGUGGUGGAGUAAUAACUUCUAAAUAAUUGAUUCAACAUCUUUGAGAUACUGCUGUAUUAAACAUGGCACCUGAUGACUAA